AUGGUAGCAAGUCUUCGUCGUGUUCUGGACUCUUUGCUCGAGGAGAUAUCUUUGUGCGGCGACCGAGGUGCCUCUCCGACCGAAGUGCUCGGCUUUAUUGAGGCAAUUUAUGCGACAUCUACCCUGGCAGAUGACCAUAUAGGUAGGCCGUGUGCGCUAAAAGUUGACCGCCCCCUCAAGGCUAAGCUAUGGACAUGGUUAACGCAAAACCCGGAGGUCUCUGUCGGGAGAAACAGGGAAGGAAACGGUCUUUCCCUUGAAGAGGCUUUGGGGGCGGAAGCCCAUGCCGGCCAGGUCAUUUCACCCAGUGAGCCAGAGGAAUCAGAAGUCCUUCUGCCUGAUCCGAGGCGGGAGACAACGGAGGUGCUGCGUGUGUUUGUCUCUCAAGAACGUAUGUGGCAUUCGAUCACCGGCCAUGAACCAGACAAGUCUAGGGUACUCCCCUUGGAGUUUGAUCUUCUCUCUAUCAUUUCCACCCACAAAUCAAGGGGGAUAGUGCAAGGAGAUCUUGUCAGACUCAGCGGACAGGACAAACGUUCAGUACCCAAACGCACGGACUUGCUGCAGCUUAAAGGCUACAUAGAAAAAAAAGCCAUUCAAUAUAAAGGGGCUAGAACAAGUUUAUGUGUCCUGAAAAGAUUUGCUAGCGCUACCCGGGAGGAGAUCUCUCAAACAGUUCGGUUUGAAAACGAGCGUGUUGGCGAUUCCCAAGCAAAUGACCUGGUUGAUUUUUCCGUCCUUUUGGAUAAGCUCUUCCAAUGUCUCCGAGAGCGCAAAGUCAUUACAAGGAGUGAGCUUAAAGAGAAACUGGGAAUGACUGAAUUGUGGCGCUCCAAAAUCCUACGAAGAGCCAUUAUUAAACUUGAAGCCAUUGGCUGUCUCCGACGCGUAAAGGCCAUUUCACAAUAUCACCAGGUCAUGAAGUCUUUGCACCCGUCGAUUAUGUUAAUUCGAGACCCUACGGAAAAGGACAUACGAUUGUUUCAUGAAGAUAACCAGGCCGUUAUUGCUUCUCUGCGUCAGGGGGAUACUAAUAGUUUGCGUGACUCCCAAGGUCAAGAUGAGGACUUAGAAGAUAUAGAUGAUAUGCCGGGCGCUGCUUCACUUGGACCGGUGACCGUGGUACAAGAUGCUAGUCGAGUAGUUCCUCAAUGGACUCCUGAUCAAAACUUAUCUAAAUUUGUACUCGAUAUCAUCCACAAAGCUGGCCCGGCAGGCAUGAAUAACUUGGAGAUUGUUGCGGCAUCAAUGGGUCCCUUUUUUCGACGACCCAUUGAGGCUCUUGUGUCUCGCUUGGUCAACUCAUGGCAAUUCGCUCAGCCUCUUCAUAUCCGACACCUGUCUCUUGUUCGCGACACUGCACUUCGUGGAACUAUUUCCUAUUUUGUUCAUUAUUCGUACGAAACCUUUGCUGCUCUCGUUGAAAACGGCCAGGCUUCUUGGGAAGCUGUUAGCGGGUCGGGCAAGAAGGAUGGAAGUCGAUUUCGCCCAAUCGAUGCAAAGCCUGUAUUCGAUGAAUACGGUUUCCCUCCUGGAAAUGAGCCACCAAAUAUUUUAAACCACGGCAGUUCCAGUCUUUGGGAAUGUUUAAACAUUGCAAAGCCUACUGACUAUGUUGCUACGCAUCGUGACCCGAUGGUGGUGCAUCUGCCGGAUGGCACGCUUGGUAUCCGAUUACUAGACCAGGUUCGAAACCAGAAGAAUUGGACCAAUGGCCGCAGUAAUGCCCGACAUAAAAUUAAACGCAGUGCUUCCGAUGCUGGCCUUACAGAUUUCAAAUUAAUUAGUGAUAUCCCUGCGAAAGGACUGACUCCAGCAGAUAAACGGAGAAAGAAAAUUGAUGAUGUUAGGCCAAUGACAGAACUGGAACGGCUAGAGGCAAAGGGGUAUGAUCAAAGCUGGACGGCAUAUAGCGUCCUCAUGCUAGAAAGGCCCACUCCUGGUCUAUACAUGACCGCUAUUGGCAAAAGAAGAGCCCAUGGUAUGAGGCAAGGUCGUGCAGGAAGAAGUCGAAUUGCGAUCUUCAAGUUUUCUAGACUACAUGACUUCGACUGGUUUGUUGCCGAGGAAGAAGUUCAGCAAGCUACUAACCUUUCAACAAUGUUCGAUGUCGCAGAAGUACAGCCGCACUUAGAUACUCAGAGCACACUAGGCCAUAUGCCUCAAACUAGAAGCCAGCGAAGAAAGGGUUUACCAACACUAGUCGAAGAUCUGUCCAAGACGCGUAUUUCUGAGGGGGUAGAAAAUAGUGUCAAAGACGCCCGCGUUGAAAGUGCUGACGGUCGAAGCGUCAGUAUUGAGCGAAUUUCAAAGAAACGGAAAUUCCCUACUUCGGUUGAUGUUGCUUCUGAUCACUUGAUUGCGAAGGCGAAAUCACCCACAAAACGACGAAAAGGUAGGCCAUUUACAGCUGACCUGGUUGAUAUAAGCCAGGGCAACCUAAACUCCACAGACGAACCUACGACCUCUCCUAUGAAACCGGGACAAGAGCGAGAAGAAGAACAGGCACAUCCAUCUUCCAACAGACUGGAAGUAUCAUCCGAGGAAUUGGCAAACACCAUUGAACCUGAACCCAGCAUCACUGAAGUUCAAGGUAGGAACAAACAACAUAAACUGGGGAUAACCCCAAUGGAGUCGACUCCGAUCACACUAGUCAACGAAGGUCGAGGUCAGCCUGCACACAGAAUGUCAGCUGGAGAACCAGCGACACCAGCUCCCUCUACCGGUGCCCAGCGUGAAUCCGCCCUUGGUGCUAAUAGAGAAAAUAGAGGUGGUUCAAUUGCUCUCUUGCGACGCAAGAUUGUGAUGGACAUCAUUCAGCAAUGUGAUGGGAUUCAUCCUAUGGGAACCGAGCUGUGGUAUCCGUUUGCAACAGCUUGGUUGAAGACUAGGCCAGAGAAACCUGACAUGCGCACAAUACGAAGUGCUGUUAAAUCCUUAAUCGAGUCCGGGAAACUUCGCCAGCUAACUUUCAGUGGAAAGAAUUCUAAAGGGCUGAUGGUCACUAAGAAUCUACUUACAAAGCCAGAAAUAGAUUCCAUGGACCCUAUGGUUAGGAGUAUACAAGAAGCCAUGCUCGAUGCAGAUCCUCGGUUUUAUUUGCAUCCCAAGGCGCAUAUUGACCCGUCAUUGAAGAAGUCUCAUAAAGGGCUUACGAGUCAAGAGAUCAAACUGCCUGAAUUAAAUGAAGAGGUUAGAGUUACCUUGAAUUAUAUCCCGGCUAGAAUGCGUCCGAAACCUACACGUAUUCCAAGAUACCGUUUCAUCUCUUUUGGGACCGGUAGUCGAGACUUUGAUACCAUGGGACCAAGGGCCCUCCAACGCCUAAAAUCUCUUCAUAAGCGUGCCUCUGCAAGCCCUUUUCUGGACUCCCUUUCGACUCCUAUUCCCCAAUCAUCAUCUGAAAUCCCAAUGCUUUUGACCUGGCCCCCUAGAAAUAUCUACGCGGAUCUACUUUUUGGUGCGAAAUGGAAACCAUCGUUGCUUUCGAUGCUCAUGUUCCCAGCCCAAACUUUCAAUUGUGUCACUGGAACAUUUGGAACUGGUGUAUGUUACGCUUCAAAGCGUAAACGGCGACCCCCACUGCGAAAGCUUGCACCAUUGCUUCCCGCAUCUGUGCCACAGAGGCUCGAUGAUAUUCUAUCCAUUGCCAAAAAGCAAGAUAUUGAUUUCUCCACGGAGCCGGAUCCUGUCGCAACAGAAUUCUUUUCAAAUAUAGAUGCAGUUAGGGAUUGGGAAUUGAAAACUUACCCUUAUACACCCCCGAGAACCCCAGCGCUAAGGUAUAUAGACCAUACAAUAUCGGGUCCAUUUGAGAGUGUACCUUUGGAAGGUCCUGUGCGGUUUGAAACCGACCCUCACUCUGCUUCGCCUGUACGUGGAAGGCGGUCGGGGCCUCCAGUAACCCGCCAGGCAACCCGAGCGAUGACAGAGUCUCCUUUCGAUGAGACCUGGCCAUUCUUUCGAUAUUUUGUACCGCGAAAAACUGCUAGAGAUUCUCGCUUUGGUCAAACACAGCCACGAACAGAAACCCAAGCAAAUAGACGUCUUGCACAACUCCAAGAGUCAGUAAGAACAUCUGCAGGUGCCAGCAAAUCAAUGGAUCGUACAUUGAAGCGGAUACGAUUAUCAAAAGAUUUUCCGCAGCAUGUCGCCCAAAAACUCACAAUGACCAUUGUCGUUGUGCGUGCAUUAGCUGGAGGGUUCGAAGGAAAACUGAUCGAUUGGCCCUUGGUUGCCUCUGUUUUCCCUGGAUAUGACCCGAAAUUUAUUCAGGAUCGUGGCAAAAGUAUAUUAUCUCGACAUAGGCUUCAAAUGGCAAAAAUGCAAAGGGAUUUUCAGGAGAGAUAUCUUGAAGCUUACGAAAAGAAUCUCGUUCCGAAGAUAGAUUAUGAUGAUUUGGAAGGGUAUGAUUGGGGAGCUGUAGUUGAAUGGGCAGAGGAACAACUUGACAGACCUAGUCUUAUGAGGGUCCCAAGUUUACCAGCAACCCGUGAACAGUUUGAAAGUAUCUUUGGGAUCAGAAAAGAACCCAUUCAUGGCAUUGAUGAUAUUUAUCAUCAUGGCUCGCACAUUACUGUUUCACGAAAACGAGUUUUUUAUGCCAAUCUGCCGUUUACCAAACUUAUCACUGCUAAAACGGCAUGUACGGUUGCCACUUUGGACAAGGUAAAAAAAGCUGAAGCUGCUGAUCGCCUAGAGACGGCCAAGUCUUGGGUCCGUUCUAAUGUAGUCACGCCCGAGGAGACAUACCGAGCCACAGAUGCACGGCAGACUUUGGAACGCUUUGGCGAGCAUCUUAUUGGCGAAGCAAUACAGUCUCUUAUCACAGAGAGAGUGAUUUCUAUGGGUAAUCGCGGGAAAGUCCGGCCAGGCCGUAACUACGAUGUUACCGAAUACUUUUUGGUUGCAUUUGGGCGCAAGCGGAUGCUUGAGUCCGUGCAGUUACGGCGGGCACUUCAAUUCAAACUCGAGGUUCUCGACCCGGCGAUGAGGUCGGACGGUAAAUACCAGGUACCCUACGAAGCGGAAGAUGGUGAUAUACUCGUUUUGAUAAACCUGGCAGCGCAGGGGCGUGUGACGGUAUGGCCGGUGAAUCCACCACGGAAUAAGUACGGGCUGACGGAUAUGGGCUAUUUAACGAGAACGAUGGACAAGAAGAAGCUUCAUUUCGACAUGGAAAUCCAUUUAGUGACAGGAAAAUAUGUCUAUGGCAAUCCGCUAGCUGAUGUUGUUUCCACAACGCCAGCCCCUGACGCCGGCUUGCGAGAAGAUGGCCUGAAUCCCAUGGUUCCUCUACCUAAAAUCCCACUUUGGAUAGAUGUGCACGGAAAAUUUGUGAAGCUUCUCUGGGAGCUUGUUGUUGCCUCUGUGGUGGGAUUGAUCGCUGCUCGUCCGGGCUCGGGGUUAAGCACUAUUUUACGGAUUAUGCAACCAUUUCUUGGUGCGUGGGAAGGCGAGCUGGUUUUACGGUGGCUGAAUGAUGUGGGGGCUAUUCGGAAAACCGAACGAGACAGCGUUGAAGAAGGGUGGGUGGUGGAGGAAUGGUGGUAUCUCAUCCUCUGCAUGGACCUGACAGCCUCGACUGCAUCAAUACAGUCCGAAUCGCGAAGCUUUAGUGAGCAGCCCGAUGCUUCAUUUUCGAAAGAAACUCCAUUGGAACUCUAA